AUGCAGCAAAAAGCUCUAACUUCGUUCUUCUCUUCAGCUAGGCAGUCCAACGUAUCCUAGCAGAAUAAUUAGAGGGAACUCAUUCAGCAGAAAUCAAGGACUCUAGUUGAAUCUAUCACACCAGAGAAAUUCGGCUUUAAAAGCAAUAAAACUCAAGCUUCUAAGUAAAAAGGUGGCCAUUCUAAAAAUGCGCACCCUUCAGUUGGUGAAAAUCAAAAUAUGAGUGAUGAGUCAGAAUCAAGUUUAAUGAGACCUAGAACUUAAAAGAGGCCUGUCAUAAAUGAUGAUGAGGAAGAUAGUGAUUAUGAAGGGCAAAUCGACAUUGACUCUGAUGAUAUCUCAAUAGUUUUGGAUUCUGAGGAAGAUUCCGCGGAAGAGUCUAAGAAAAAAGGGGGAGUAAAAAGGAAAGCCCCCGCUAAAUAACAAAAAAAAGGAGGUAAGUUAUCUGAGAUAACUCCAAAGCCUGCUAAAAAAAACAAUGCCUUGCUGAAAAAUUCACAUGCUAGUACAGCUAGUGGCACUGAUAAGAAAUAAAACAAUAACAGAAGAAGUGAUAUAUCGAACAAUACUAAUAGUGACUAAAUUCUAAUGAAAGAAGAAACUUCAUUCGUUGAUAACGAAGAUCAAGUAAUUGGAGGUGGCUUCUCCUCUAUGGAUGAUAUUCUUGAUGCCAGACCAAAGUUUAUAAAAGAGGAGUUUAUCAAAGACAUUGAAGGUAGGCGCCCUGACCAUCCUGAUUUUGAUCCUACAUCUCUAUACAUUCCACCUGAUGAAUGGAAGGGCUUCACACCCGCAAUGUUUCAGUAUUGGGAGAUAAAGUAGCACAACCUUGACAAAAUUUUAUUCUUUAAGCUGGGCAAGUUCUACGAAAUUUUCUACAAUGAUGCAAUUGUUUGUCAGAAAUUACUUGAUCUCAAUUGGAUGGGUGGUGCUAAAAAGCUACAUAUUGGCUUCCCUGAGAAGGUGCUUGACAAAUAUCUUGUGACAAUGGUUAACAAUGGAUUCAAAGUUGCUGUGAUUGAAUAAACUGAAACCCCAAAAAUGAUGGAGGCAAGAAUUAAAGCUGAUAAAGGUAAAAAGUAAAAUCAGUCAGAUAAAUGCGUAAAGAGAGAGAUAUGCAACAUGGUUACCAAAGGAACAUUCAAAGACUCAAACUAGCUUGGGUACUAGCCAAAGUUUGUACUCUCAGUUAAGAAAUACUCUAAUGAAAUUGGUGUAACUUUCUUUGAUGUUCAGACUCUAAAAAUUUAUAUUGGCUAAUUCUAAGAUGACGAUGCUUUAUCAAACUUCAGAACCUUACUUUGUCAAAUUAGACCUGUUGAAGUCAUUCAUGAAAGGGAAAUAAUUAACUCAGACUUGAUUAAAAUGCUCAAGAAUUCUCCUAUUGUUCCUGUGUUUACUCCAAUGGUGCCAAAGAAUUGCUGGGGAGUCAUUAAAACAUGUAAUUCUUUAGAAAACUAUAUUGGAAACUCUAAAAUCUGGCCUGAGCCAUUGCAACAACUUAAAAAUUAGGAUGCAGAACUUGCCCUUUAAUCACUUGGAAUGGCCAUCGCAUUCCUUGAAGAAGCUUUGAUUGCUUAAUAAACCAUUUCAACUGGUGAUUAUAUUCUAUAUACACCAGAAAGUUAAUCUUAGCUUGAAUACAUGGUGCUAGACAGUCAAGCUCUUUAGCAUCUCGAGGUGGUUGAAGCAGCCACAGGUAAAUUUGAGGGCUCUCUUUUGCAUUACCUUGAUCACUGCAAGUCCCCAUUUGGUAAGAGAUUGCUUAAGAAAUGGGUGCUUUCCCCAAUGAUGAACAUAAAUAAGAUCAAUGAUAGAUUAGAUGCAAUUGAAGAUUUAAUGACUCAUCAAUUCGAGACUGAUGUUUUCAGAUAAAAGCUUAGCAAGCUACCUGACCUUGAGAAACUAUUGGCAAAAAUAUAUACCUACUCAAUCAAGCAUAGAGUCAAAGCUAUCUACUUCGAAAAUGUUUCACUAAUCAAGUUAAGAGAGUUCAGAACUCUAUUAAAGUAAUUUAAGGGAAUUUAUGAUCUUUGUGAGUCAUUAGUGAACAAGGUAUAGUAAUUAAAGUCGGAGAGACUUAAAAAAUUAUUAACGACAGAUGAAGAAGGAGGAAUGAUGCCUUCAGAUAUCAAGGAAAUCAUAAAGGAAUUUGAGAAAAUGAUUAUCUGGAAGAAAGCUUCCAAUGGAGAAGAUGAGAUUCCAGAGCCAUAACCAGGCCUUGACUCUGAAUUUGAUACAACUAAUGCAGUUGUGGAUGGUGUCAAGAGAAGAUUAGAGGACUACCUUAAAGAAAUGAGAAACAAAUUCAAGGAUCGCAGAAUUACAUGGUCUCAUGCUAAAUACAGAUAUGAGCUGGAGAUGCCAUCUGAAUUAAUAGAGGGCAACAAGAAACCAGAUAACUUUGAAUUUACCUCUCAGAGAUAGGGCUAUCAGAGAUUCCAUACCAAAGAAAUUAAACAAAUGGUAGAUGAACUUGAAUAUGCAGAGGAUAAGCUUAAGGAUGCACUCACUCCUUUCUUGUGCGCCAUAUUCCAAAGAUUCCAUGAGCAUAAAGACCUUUGGAACAGAGCUCUAGAUGUAAUCACUGAGCUUGAUUGUCUCUGUUCUCUCAGCAUAGUUAGCAGUCAGAGUAAUGACGAGAUGUGUAGACCUCAAUUUAUUGACUACACAGGUGAAUACAAAAAUUCUAGUUUUCUUGACAUCAAGUAGUUGAGACAUCCAUGUGUUACACUUAACCAAACCAAAGCAUUUGUGCCAAAUAAUACGUUUGUCUCUCCCAAUGACAAUCAAACUGUGCUCUUAGUCACAGGUCCAAACAUGGGUGGUAAAUCAACCUUACUGAGAUAGACAUGCAUGGCUGUUAUUCUUGCUUAAAUAGGUUGCUUUGUUCCUGCUUAAUCCAUUACUCUGACUCCAGUUGACAGAAUAUUUACUCGUAUUGGUGCUAGUGAUCGUAUUCUUGAGGGCAAAUCUACUUUCUAUGUUGAAAUGGAGGAAACUAAGAACAUUAUCCAAUUCGCGACUUAUUAGUCACUCGCUAUAGUUGAUGAACUCGGAAGAGGUACCUCAACUUUUGAUGGAUAUUCUAUUGCUCAUGCUGUAUUAAAGUACCUUGUAAAUAAGAUCAGAUGCAGAUCUCUUUUCUCUACACAUUAUCAUAUGCUACUUGAUGAGUUCAGAGGAUUUCCAGGAGUGCAAAACUAUCACAUGGCAUGCAAGGCUAAUGAGGAAAAAGAUGAGGUCAUGUUCCUCUACAGAUUUGAAAAAGGUGAAUGUCCAAUGAGUUUUGGUAUUAAUGUUGCUAGAAUGGCUGGCAUUCCUCGAGGAGUUCUAGAUCAUGCCAAGAAAAAGAGUUUAGAGUUCAGUGAGAAGCUUCAUAACUUGACCGAAAAGGUAAAGGAAUACAAACUGAAAGGAAACAGCUAAUGA